CUGCAAGAAAGGGAGGCGUGUCACACAUAUGCGAGUGCAAGCCUCAAGUGUUCAUAUUCUUACAUCAGAUGUGGAAGUUUCAUACAGAAGAUAGGCGCUGUUAGGUUUUGGUUUAAAUACAUGAAGCGCUGUCUUUCCUUAGCAUAAUCGACCACAUCAAUUUCUGUACUACAGUGACGUUGACGGAAAUAUCUGUACUGUUCGCUGUAAACGGUACCUCAGUAGUGAAAGUGUAGUAAGAUAGCUGCUUUUCGAGACGUGCUCAAGGUGUUUUCCUCCGGGUGUCUGCACAGGGCUGAGUUAUGUCAGCAGCUGCACUUUUGAACUUGGUCAGGUCUGGUGGAUUCCAAGUGAGAAGACGAGUGCUGCUGACCACCCGAGUUCUGAAAGACGACACGCGGCUGUUCCGCACCAGCUCCACCCCUGAGCUUAGCUCAUCCAGGUUUGAUCCCGACAGCAGUGGCCGCCCCACCACCUGGGACAACUUCGGCAUCUGGGACAAUCGCAUCGAUGAGCCCAUCCAACUCCCCUCCAGCAUUAAGUAUGGCAAGCCAAUUCCCAAAGUGAAUCUGUCGAAGGUGGGCAGUGCCUCGCAGAUCGGCAAGCGGCAAGAGAAUGAGGACCGGUUCAAAGUGGCCCAGAUGACUGACAACAUCCUCUACUUUGCUGUUUUUGAUGGCCACGGUGGACCAGCGGCGGCCGACUUCUGUGACAAAUACAUGGAGAAAUACAUUCUGGAUUGCAUAGCUGAAGAAGAUAACUUGGAGCUUGUGUUGACCAAAGCAUUCCUGGAAAUAGACAAAGCAUUGGCAAGGCAUAUACACCUCUCUGCGAAUGCCUCCUUGCUGAGUGCUGGCACCACAGCGACGGUGGCCCUGCUGCGUGACGGGAUAGAGUUGGUCGUAGCCAGUGUGGGCGACAGCCGGGCCAUGCUGUCCAGGAAGGGGAAGGCCAGCAAGCUGACGGUGGACCACACUCCUGAGCGGAAAGAUGAAAAAGAAAGGAUAAAAAAAAGUGGUGGCUUUGUAGCCUGGAACAGUCUUGGUCAGCCUAAUGUCAAUGGCAGACUUGCUAUGACACGGAGUAUCGGAGAUUUUGACCUGAAGCAUAAAGGAGUCAUUGCUGAGCCUGAGACAAAAAGGAUUAAUCUGCAUCAUUCUUAUGACUCUUUCCUGGCGCUGACGACAGACGGGAUCAAUUUCAUCAUGAACAGUCAGGAGAUCUGUGAUGUCAUUAAUCAGUGCCAUGAUCCACUUGAAGCUGCUCAGGUGAUCUCUGAACAGGCCCUUCAGUAUGGUUCAGAAGACAACAGCACAAUCAUUGUAGUCCCGUUCGGUGCCUGGGGAAAACACAAGAAUGCAGAUGUCACGUUCUCAUUCAGCCGCAGCUUUGUCUCCAGUGGAAGAUGGGCAUGAAGACAGUUCCACUGUUACCACCAACAACCAACGUGCAAUAUGAUCAGUAUGCAGUGCACCCACCACACACUAAGGAGAAACCAUGGGGCACAGUUGACCUUAAAUUCAAUUCUAGGAAAAAUAUUUGCUAACUAUAUUGGUGAGCAGAUACAUUGAGUAAAGGGACUUGGAGAACAGGGAAACAAAUACACAAACAAAAAAUAUUAAGGAAAUACGUUUAAUAUAUAGUGAAUAUUAAAUAUAUUAUUUUCAGAAAUUGUUGCUAAAAAGAAAGGACACCACAGUCAUAGGAAUUUAAACGUGUAAGUGGCGUUCAUUUUAAUAUUCAAAGUAGAACCUAAUGCCAGCUAAACCCUUCUUACAAAAAGGUUCUCAGCUCAUUUUACUAGAAGCUUAAUGUAAACAUUAACAUAAAGCUUGCUUAACAAGCAGAUUCUUCUACCUACUUACCAGUGCACCAGGUAUUCUAAAUGAGAAGAUUUGUACAUACAGUACAGUACCUCCCUCCGCAAGUCUUCUCUACCAUGCCAGUUAUGUCCUGCCCUGAGUAGUAUUGAAACCAGUGUAUAUCUACCCAGUUCAGCUGAGUCUGUGCCACAAUUAUUUAUCUAAAGAUUAAAGUUGUUCUUUGACAAAGUCAAUAAAUAAAACAGUGCUUGAAGUGAGUAUGAUUGAAAUUGAGCAGGUAUAAAAUAGAGGAAAUACGGGGUUUAACAAGUAGAUCACCAGAAGGAUUUUUAAUAUGUAUAGUAAAAAUAUUGAAAUGUUGUUUAAAAAAGGUUGCUUGGCAACUUGACUCUAGUAAUUAAAAAAAAAAAAAUAAAAAAAAAAAAAUAGUGCUUUGCAUACAGAUCACUCAUAUUUGUAUAUUAAUAUUGUAUAUAUUGAUAUUUAUAUAUUUUUUGUCACUGGCAAAAAUUGCUGCUGUUUUAGUACAAGAUUUGUUUCUGUAAAUACAUUAUUCUUUUAAAUGGUAAGCUGCUUUGAAAUGGUUUUCAAUUUGCAUGGUUGUGCUUGCACAGUGUGGUUGUGAUAUCAUUAACCUGGUAUGUCUGAAAUGGCUUUGAACUGUGUUCAGGCUGGUCUCCUGAUGUCUAGCAUUGCUGCAGCUGUGGUCACAGGUUGAACAGUGUGAAAGUCGUAAGCCAGAGAACAAAAAUACUUAACCAUAUUAUGGCCGUACAGUUAAAAGCAAACGUCUGUCUGUUUUUAACAGGGAAAUUUGGAAAUAAUUUCAGGCUGUAGGAGUUUAAUACCUUUGUCGUGAAGCUGUUACAAAGUGUGCUUGUGUUGUAUUUCUUGUCUGGUAAGAAAAUAGACUCUUUCCACAUCUCUCUAGUUUCAUCAGUUGCAUUGCAAUGUGUCUUUAUUGCAGUCUGUAAAUACAGAAAUGUGAUUGUAUUGUUAAGUUGGUUUUCAGAUGUGUGUAAUGCAUUUUUUUUUUUGGCUCUACAUAGCACAAUCCUAAUCUCUUCACCCUAGAUGCGGACCCUGAUAAGAUGCUUAAGUGAUAGUUUAAAAAACAGUAGCUUAAAAAACAAUGAAAUAAAAACAUUUCAGAUUCUUCUGGAUGUGAAAUAUGAUUGUGAUUCUUGCCUGUAUCAAAACUUUGUUGAACAGGAGGCAUUCAUUUAUUGGGAGGUUUGCUAAAAGCACACUUUUAAAUUUUCACUAAUAUUUUUUUUCCCUCUGUCACAGGAAUGUCCUUUGCUUGUACACUUAGUCAAAUUACACAAGCAUGGAAAGAAACUCACAAAAAAAGCACAAUUACACUAUCGUUUUACAUUUCAAACCUCCCAGCUCCUAUCGUCCAGCCGGGAUUGAAGAGUUCAGCAGUGUUUUUAUCUUUGUGCAGAUAGAUUGGAUUAAAAGAUUAAUUUGCACCUUCCCUUCUUUCUUAGACUACAGGUUGUAGCUGCAUGAUAUCGCAUGUUGGGUUACUACUCGCUUUCCCUAGCAGUCGUAAAACCUUAUUUUAAUAAAACAGGCCAGUCACACAGGGUAAUUAUUAUACUUUGAUAUUGUAAUGAUAUUCAUUAUACUGUAUGUAGCAUUUAAAUAAAAAAAAAUAAAAAAAAAAACUCUGCCAAGUCUUCCCUUAAAACAUGGGUUAUGUUGUACUGUCAACCUUCUCACAACGGCAUGUCUGUACAUACUAGACUAAGUGUGCUUCUGCCUUUAAGUUAUAUAAUUACAAUUAAGUAACCAAGAUAUUGUCUGAUGGUGGAGGUGUAACAAAAGUGGAAUGAUUGAUUAUUUUGUUGUUGCAAAAGAUUUUCCACUUAGAGCUGUCUGUUGUGAGCAUAUCAGUAAUGUGACGUGGGUGUUCUGUACCGAAGGUAUGCCUUUGCUAGGGGAAUUGUGAAAAAACUGAAAUGUCUGUAUCAUUAUAAAUGUAUUUAAAUAAAGAGUUUUUGGCACA